AUGCUGGUCUUCUCCGUUGGAUUACUAGCCCUUCGGAUUGCUCGCAUAAAGGGUUUUUCUUCUGUGGAAACAGCUACUUCUGAUUUAAAGUGUUACCAUUCUCUUAAGCUAGGAGAAGACACAGUCUGUACUGAUUGCAUGACCUUCAAUACCGUUCCUAUUAACGGUAUAUGUGUUCCCGAUGACCCUAACAUAUGCAUCACCUUGCAGGGCUAUAAUACUAAGUGCGGAUCGUGCACCUCAGACUAUAUGCUGUUUGAAGACGGCUGUUACGAUCUCAAUGGAAAGUAUGCGCCACUAAUAUGUGCAGUUGAAAAUCGAUAUGUUCUGGGGGGCGCCACGUAUUGUUCGCAGUGUGCAUAUUUGGAUUAUGUGCCGGUCAAUGGCAUUUGUGAUAGUGCAAAUCCGUUCGAUACCUGUGCCAAUAACGUGUGCACCAAGUGCGGGUUUUCCUCCUUCCUGUUCAAUGGUGGUUGUGUCUCCAAGAGCUCUAGUCUCGGAAAGCUUGUCUGUGCAGGUACUGUGAGUGAUGGCAAAUGCACACAGUGUGCCGACGGAUUUUCCACUGAUGCAACCGGAAUGUGCAUUCCUUGCGAGGUUCCUAACUGUAGCUCGUGUCCAAAUGGCAAGAGCACAUGCUCAAGCUGCAAGGAGGGCUUUUUCCUUGAUAGCACAGGCGUGUGCAUGCUGUGCAGGCAUCACUGUGCUGUCUGUUCUUCUAAAGACGACUGUGACAAGUGCCGAGCGAACGCGCAAGAGCUGAUGAUCGGAUCUAAAAGAGUAUGCAUUGGGUGCGGAGAUACUAGCUCUCAGCACGAAGGAUAUUUAGGUAUAGAGUUCUGCUCCCAAUGUACUCUUCCAUCGACACCGGGUCCAGUGCAGUGUCACAAGUGCUUCCAGAAUUACUAUAGUCUUACCGACUCUGCAACUGGUUUUGUCAGUUGCUACGCUGCAUGCCCCAUUGGCACAUACGGUGAUGCCUAUUCGAUGUCUUGUAGAUCCUGCUCAGCAAACUGCAAGAUAUGCGAAAGCUCUCACAGCUGUACUGAGUGCACUCCUGGAUAUUAUCCUGGCUUUAUGUCAUGCGUGCCCUGUAAGGUUUCAGGUUGUAGCAGGUGCACUUCUGGAUAUGCUGGAGAUACCUGUGAAAUGUGCUUACCGGAAACACCCUACAUGAAUUUGGCAGGAACAGAGUGUAUUGCUGCCUGUCCGACUGGUUCCAAACCCGACACUAGUACCCCAACAAAAUGCAUAUGUGAUUUUGGAUAUGGUCUAGCAGAGAAUAAGAAUGCUUGCAUGAACUGCAGUGACAGAUAUUGCAAGUUGUGCGCAGAAGAUCCAAGCGUUUGCACAGAGUGUUUCUAUGGAACUAAAGCGGAUGGGGCGGUUGAGUGCCCACCACCCGUGUGCGCUGACAACUGUGUGUCUUGUGCUCAAGCCGGACAUAACUUUUGCGAUAUAUGUCAAGAAGGUUUUAGGCUGACGGCCGACCUAAAAUGUGCCAGAUGCUCCGAUGAGAACUGUUUGACGUGUGCUAAUGAUGCUGCUGUGUGUACUGGAUGUCAGUAUGGAUUUAGGCUAUCGUCUUCCGGUACAUGUAUCCAGUGUGGAUCGGGGUGCAAAGUAUGCAACGAGAGCAUGUGUAUUGAGUGCAGCAACACUGCACACUUUGUAAGUAUUGAUGGAGUCUCCUGUGAUACGGAGUGCCCUUCUCACUCCACCCCGGUAUCUGAUAGCAAUGCUUCUCGCUGUGUGUGUAACAAUGGUUAUACUCCUGAGCUGGAGGCAAGACUCUGUGUUGAGGAGCCAAAGGUAUGUCCUCUAGGGUGUAUCUGUGAAUCAGCUCCUGUGUGCAGUGGAUGUGCGGACGGAUUCUUUGAGAAGGACCCCGAUAGGACCGAUAGUGGCCGUUGCCAUAGCUGCGCACUUACUACGGAUUCUCAGGGGGACCAGACGACGACCGGAUGUAAGAUCUGUCGGCUGGUUGAGGACACGAUAUUAUGCAGCGAAUGUCUUCCCAAUUACAAGCUAUACGAUUCCAACGGAGUUGUCCACUGUAUGAAGACUUGUCCCAGUGGCACUCAUGACACAGGUUCUCACUGUGUUAAAUGCCUAACAAAUAAUUGUAUGCAGUGCAAUGCCGAUAAGACAGUGUGUGAAGUGUGUGUCCAUGACUAUUAUCUAUGGGAAAAUGAAUGCAUCUCAUGCAGCUCCUUGGAGUGUGCUGAGUGCGGUUUGCUAAACACCUGUACAAAGUGCAUGAGCACUAAAAAAUGCAGAGCGUGCGCUAUUCCUCAUUGCAGAACUUGCAACGCAUUGGGUAAGUGCACCGUUUGUGAAAAGGGUUUCUAUGGCCCAAUGUGUCAGCCAUGUGGAGGUAAUUGUUUAACUUGCUCCUCAGAAAACCCUGGACUCUGCUUAGAGUGUCAAUCAGGGUCGAUUAUGAGCAUGGGAAAGUGUUACAAUAUGUGUACAGAAGGCGAGGGUUCAGGAAAGUGCGCGAUAGGCUCAUGCGAUAUGCAAACGGGGGCGUGCAUGCGUUGCUCGGUGCUAUCGGAGUUUCCAAUUAAUGGUCUGUGCACAUCGGAUCCUCGUGGAAAUAACUGCUUAGCUGGUAGGUGCAUUGAGUGUACAGCUGGUUACUUUUUCCACGGCAACGGAUGCUACAGCAUAGCAGCCGUCCCUGGCAAUGGGAUAUGUGUGGCCUCUCUCAGAGGCUACUGUACUGCAUGUCACGAUGGAUACAGUUUGCAGAAAGACGAGUGCGUUCUGUGCAAGGUAAGCGGAUGUGCUAAAUGCGUAUCUGAUCCUACUAUCUGUGAGCUUUGUACCAUUAAGGCGUACGUAGUGGACCCCGCGGGAUCAUCGUGUGUUCCUAAAUGUGCUGUACCUAGCUUCGGCGUCAGCUCAUCCUCCAAGCAUUGUGUUUUAUGUACUGAUCAAAAUUGUUUGGAAUGCACAGACUUGGCUGAUAACUGUAGUAGGUGCAAGAUUGGCUACCACUUGGUAGAGGGUACCUGUGUAGCUUGUCACAGCACAUGCUUAACCUGCUCUGGACCAGGGGAGAGCGACUGUUUGACGUGUAUCAAGGGAAAGGCGCACUCUGCUGGGACAGGGUCGAGUACUUGUACUGACGCGUGUGUCGAGAAUUCCCGAAAUUGUCUUCUAUGCAAUGCAGUAAUUUUCGGCACUGCGUACUGUUCACAGUGUACAUCUGGUCACUAUCCUAUCAAUGGGGACUGCCACAUGGCCGCAAGAGAUCUCAUCUGCUUGAAUGGAAAGAAUGGUAUCUGCACCCACUGUGCUCCAGGAUAUUUCCUGUAUUCCGGUGGGUGUUAUCAGUCGGACAGACUUCCAGGCUCGUACGUCUGCGCCCAGUCUGCUACUGACGAGGGGUUGGGCGUAUGCAGCAAGUGUCAGCUAGGAUAUGGACCGCUCUCUGGAUCCUGUACACCGUGUGAGAGCACAAACUGUCAGGCGUGCGAGUACUCCAGCAAUAUAUGCACCGUGUGCUCCGACGGCUACUAUGGGGAUAGCUGUGUCCAGUGUCCCAAGACCUGUGCAUCUUGUAAGAGUAAUCUUCAGUGUACCCAGUGCGCAGAAGGAUACUUUGCAGCCACUGAUUAUGAGGUCUUUGAUCCCUCUCACUGUGUGGCAUGCUCUGACGAAGAAGGGAAAAACGGAUAUGUUGGAAUGCAAGGAUGCCUAUCAUGCGUUGGCCCAGCAGUUCCGGGACCGAUUUUAUGUCUUUCUGAAGCUGGUCCAUACGUGCCAGUUGUACCCCCAGCCUCAAACGCCCGUCUGUCGCUAACCAUAGGGUUAUCAGUCACUGCAGUGGCUCUUCUUCUUAUUGCCUUGGGCAUUCUUCUCUGGAAGCUUUUGUCUGCAAGGAAACUCAGCAGAACCAGGUGUAUGCAUCUCCCCGGCUCAACAACAGAAUUACUUGCAGGCGCUUCAGGGACUGGUCAAUCUAUGAUAUUUGACUCUAUCAAUCUGUCUAUUACUUAA